UAUAAAAAUGCAAACCUAUUACAAAUUGGCAUUUUAAACUCUCAAAAAUUUUUGUGAUCUCAAAAUCAUCAGUGAGCUAGAGAAAACCUAUAUGAAAGAGUACAUACUCAAUUAGAAUGUACAUCCUGAUGUAGAGUUGAAUUUGGACUAAAUUUCCAAGUUCAUUCUAUAAAAGCUUGGGAAGAUUAGACAAUCUGAAAAGAAAAAAUAAAAUAAACAUGAUAGUUUAAUAUCUAUUGAGGAGGAAACUGAUGAAGAUGACCUCAGAUGAAUAAAAAUUACUCACAAUUUACAACUUAUGGAACUACUUUGAUUUUUAUAUAUUUAACAAAUUUUC